AUGGUAGUCAGUGCCCCAAGUCCUCAUCUUAUAGAUUCUUUGUGGAAGGAAACAGCACUACUGCACUUUCCAGGAAGUAAAAAUUGCCAUGGUUCAUUCGUAAAUGCUGGAUCCUAUCUUCUGUUUAAAAUUGCUACAAAAGAACACUCACCUCAAAAUAGCAAGUCCAUAUUUUUAAGUCAUUUGGAUGGACUAUUUCUUGUCCCAGAGGCUAGAGUGGUGGUUUUUGGUGGGCAAGAAGCUGUGGCGGUGACGAAAUCGUCAGGAUCUCCUGACAGCCACGAAGAGAGACAUAUCGAAAGGUGUGAUGUCGUAGCCUCACCCUCAGACCCACGUCCACCCAAGAAGCGGUAUACAGGUUCUGAAGCAGGAAGUGUUGAACUCCCACCAGCUGAAUCACCGAGUGGCGCUCAGUUGCCCCGAGCUGCACCACCUCCAUCAGCGUUUUGUGACGCUCGGCAAGUACCUACGGGUCGGUUUUGUGCAAAACGUUUUCCAGAACUUUUGAGAUCGAUUAGUGCUUCAGGAGAACAAUUUCUUCAAUUACUGUACAACUGGCAGUGGGUAGAAAUCGACAACACGCAGUUACCCUCGGUUAUGAGAGGAGGGGAACGAUUCCUAGCUGUACACAUGGUUCAACUCAAAUUGCUCAGCAAAUUUCCUCCAGCUAUUCCUGCAGAAAUAAUUACACGAUUUACAAUGGUCUCACACAAGAUGAGCACUGUAGAAGCAUGGCAAUUCAACGCCAUAAAUGCUAUCAAGCGGAAGUUCGACCUUGGCUGUCAGCUAUUCACUACACAGGACGAAGUAGUAAGGCUCAAUGAUGUGCAGAUGUUCUACUGGAACGUUAAAGCUCUUAAUCUGAGCCGAAUAAUUCAGCAGUAUGACGCAGAGCUUCAAAACACUAAUGGAAAUCUUACACUUAUUGCAACUAUUCAAUCUCUCAAAAACCAUGUUGAGGCUGACCUAGAGAUACUCGAUAUUAUUGCUCGUAAUCAAAAGGCCACGGCAUUCAGUAGGGUGGAUGAGACUGUUCUGAAAUAUGGCACGUUGACGAAUAGUGCGUGA